AAUUCAAAACCGCAAACUCCUGGCAUCUGACGCAGACAAUCAGGGGAACGCAGGAGAAGGAGGGCGACGGGAGUAAUGGAUUUCGGUGACUUGAAGGAGGCCCUGGCCUCCCAAUCCUACGGCCAAAUCGCUGAUAUCUGCGAUCAUCUGAUGCUUCAGGUGGCAGCAGAAGGCGUAGCUUUCCAGGAAGAAUGGCCCUACGCUAUUCAUCUUCUCGGCCACAUUUAUGCCGAUGAUAUUAAUAGUGCUCGGUUCCUCUGGAAAUCAAUACCUUCUUCCAUCAAAGAGAGCCAACCAGAAGUUGUUGCUGCCUGGAAAAUUGGUCAGCACCUGUGGACUCGGGACUAUGCAGCUGUCCAUGAGGCUAUUUGCGGGUUUGAUUGGAGUCAGGAAGUUAGGGGUCUUGUAGCUUCAUUUGCAGAGCAAUACACCAAGAGGAUGUUCCGGCUACUGUCAUCUGCCUAUUCAACAAUAAGCCUCCAAGAUGCAGCCCUAUUUCUGGGAAUGAGCGAGGAUGAUGCAGCAAACUAUGUGCUCCAGCAAGGUUGGGACUUCGACCCCACUUCUCGAAUGCUUACAGUGAAGCAGCAGCAGGCGGUGACAGAUCAAAAGCUGGAUCCCAGUAAACUGCAGCGUUUGACUGAAUAUGUAUUCCAACUCGAGCAUUAGCUGGAUCUCUUUUAGGAAUAGUGUUUGGCUUUGGAUGGUAAAUAGACUUGUGCAGAGAAUAGACUCAUCAAGAGGAGAUUUUGAUUCUAGACAUGAAGGGCCCUACUUCUCCCCAGAUCCCUUGAAUGCAAUCACUGAUAUAAUUCUUAUGUUUCACUGAAGUCAUCCAUGUAGACUAUUGAUUUUUGUGUUAAAUGUGCCUUCUAGCCGCAUGUGGUCAGCUAAAGGCUUUACUCA